CGGAAAUUUCUGACAUAUCCAAUCUUUCACCAAGCUUAACAAAAUGCCUCGUCAAAUCAAAGACAUUAAGCAAUUCUUGGAAAUCGCUCGCAGAAAGGACGCUACUUCUGCUCGUAUCAAGAAGAACCAAAACAAGGAUGUUAAGUUCAAGCUCCGUUGCUCUAAGUACUUGUACACUUUGGUCGUUGCUGAUGCCAAGAAGGCUGAGAAGCUCCGCCAAUCUCUUCCCCCUGACUUGACUGUUUCUGAGGUUGGAAAGAAGGCAUAAAUAAGCUAAAGCUGAAUAAAACACUUAAUAAAAAGUGACCCCAACAUGUUCAUCGGUUUUUUUGUACUGGAUAUAUCAUGUGUAUGCCCAGACAAGGCUUCUCUAAAUACUAUAGUACUGUAAUUGUAUGUUUGGAGGCGUCACAUUUUUUUUUUCGAAAAUCUUGUAGAAUUUUUGGUAUCAAUUUCAAAUUAUAUUCUUGUUGAUUUCUCUAGUAU